CACGCGCCGGCCGUGGAAGAAAGCCCUCACCGGUCUUGUUUUUCCUAUCCCACCUUUUUUGGUUCUUUGUUUGCUCAUUCUUUUCCUUCUCAGAGAGGGAGUCGCUGCAAUGCCGCUUUACGAGGGUCUCGGCAGCGGCGGGGAAAAAACCGCCGUGGUGAUCGAUCUGGGCGCGGCCUUCACCAAAUGUGGCUUUGCAGGAGAAACAGGUCCCAGAUGUGUCAUACCUAGUGAAAUAAAGAAACCUGGUGUUUCAAAGCCUAUCAGAGUUGUUCAGUAUAACAUCAAUACAGAAGAAUUGUAUUCGUACCUGAAGGAAUUCAUUCACAUGCUUUAUUUCAGGCAUUUGCUGGUAAACCCUCGAGAUCGCCGGGUUGUGAUCGUGGAAUCUGUAUUGUGCCCUUCUCACUUCAGAGAGACACUCACAAAAGUUCUAUUCAAGUAUUUUGAGGUUCCUUCAGUGUUAUUUGCACCAAGUCAUCUGAUGUCUCUUCUAACACUUGGAAUUAAUUCUGCAAUGGUUUUGGACUGUGGUUAUACAGAAAGCUUGGUGUUACCUAUUUAUGAAGGAAUUCCUGUACUUAGUUGCUGGGAUGCUCUUCCUUUGGGAGGAAAAGCCAUUCACAAAGAACUGGAGUACCAAUUGCUGGAGCAAAGUACAAUAGAUACAGGAGCCACCAAAGGACAAAGCCUUACCUCAGUGAUGGGUUCUAUUCCAGAAGACAUUGUAGAAGACAUAAAGGUUCGCACUUGUUUUGUGAGUGACCUCCAGCGGGGACUGAAAAUUCAGGCAGCAAAGUUUGAUAUGGAUGGUAGUGCUGAGCGUCCAACUCCACCGCCAGAUGUAGACUAUCCAUUGGAUGGAGAGAAGAUUUUGCAUAUCAAUGGAGUAAUCAGAGAUUCUGUUGUCGAAGUACUCUUUGUCCAGGACAAUGAAGAGAAAUCCGUGGCUACUUUAAUACUGGACUCUCUUAUGGAGUGCCCAAUAGAUACUAGGAAGCAACUGGCUGAGAACUUGAUAGUAAUUGGGGGUACAGCUAUGUUACCAGGAUUCCUGCACAGAUUAAUGGCUGAAAUACGAUACCUGGUAGAAAAGCCCAAGUACAAGGAAAUCCUAGCCUCAAAGAACUUCCGGGUGCACAUGCCGCCAGCCAAGCCGAACUGUGUGGCCUGGUUAGGAGGAGCCAUUUUUGGAGCUCUCCAGGACAUUCUUGGCAGUCGUUCAGUAUCGAAGGAAUAUUAUAACCAAACAGGACGCAUCCCUGAUUGGUGCUGCCUCAAUAACCCUCCUUUGGAAAUGAUGUUUGAUGUAGGAAAGACACCUCCACCAUUGAUGAAGAGGGCUUUUUCCACAGAGAAAUAACAGUUCUGAUCUUGCUGUGGCGCUGCCUUCUUUUCUCAUCUACCUGAAGCUGGACUGUUAAGGAGUUCAGUGGAAUAUGUUGGAUAAAUCUGCAAGUUAAAUUCUGGGGCACUGGCCACAAUUUUGGCUGAUUACGUUCCUUUCUGUCCAUUACAUUGGCUUAAGAUGAUGUCCCAGUGAUGUUUAUUUAUAUACACAAGUAAUAUCAACAUAAAUGCUCAAGCUUUUAAUGUUAUUUAAAGUAUAUACUGUAGAUACCUUUUUUAAAGCUCACUUGCUUAGCAUCUGAUGCUGCACAUAUUAGUUCUUCCACCAACUGUAAUGCUGUGUUUAAUUUGAAAUUUGUUGCCUGUUAAAAUAUGAUGAAAAUGUCCACAACGGUUUGAGGGUUUUCUUGAAAAUUUAGUGAACAAUCCUGGCCCUUGCUUUUGUUAAGGUAAGGAAUGGCAGUAGGUGCCUUCUUGAUAAUUGUCAACACCAAGUAUAAAUUAGAACUUGUAGUUCACGACAUUAGGAGAGCCACAAUUCCUAGUAUCCCUUGCCAUUGGCUGGGGCUUCUGGGAAUAAAUGUUCACUGACAUCUGAGGGUGGGCUUGUUCCCUGUUCCUGAAAAAAAGAGGAAGCGACACUUUAUGAAAAGCCAAUCAUAAUAUAAUCUUCUUCAGAGUGCUUAAAGUUGAUUCACGUUAAAAACAUUGAUUUAACCAAUCAAUACAAAUUGUCUACUCUGUUGCUUUUACUUUAAUUUCAGCUGCUUUAAUUUAUUUUACUUAAAACAUUAUUUCCGUCUCUUCAACUCAGAAAUCUUUCACAGCAUCUUGCAUAUGCAAACAUUUAGGAAAAUCAUUUUCAGAAAUUUUCUUCUUUUUAUCCUAUUUGGAACUAGAUCCAUCUGUGGCUUUGGUUACGUUGAUUUUCCUAUGAAAGCAAGUCACCUAAUACAUUUCAUUACGAUAUUCUCAUGUAGAAAUGAUAUUAAAAUCUCUCAAAACAAUGUGUCUCCAAAAUACGGUUGUAUCUCUGCUUUACUGUAGAGUUCUAGGCCUACAGAACUGGUUCUUCUAUAAAGGUUUUUUUUAUUUGUUUUUGGGUGGGGUCAAGCUGAAUAAAAUUUGUUUCACUAUCCUGUUUUAAGCAA